AGCAGCUAUCAGAUCGGCUGUGACUACGUCCAAACUUUUGUCGGACACCCGCUCAUCAAAGGCUGCGCCAAAUACUGCAACAUGACCAGACAGAGUGUCGCUGCAUCCACGGCGUGUGUGAUAACCGCCCCGGCAGCGGCGGGGUGUGUCGGAGAGGGUCGUGUUUGGAGGGAUUCUCUGGAGAUUACUGUGACAGGAAGGCCACGCCCUGUAACGCCGACGGCCUGCUGGAGCACUGUCACGUGCACGCCUUCUGCACCCAGACGGGCCUGGAUACCAGGUGUGUGUGUAACGAUGGGUACGAAGGCGACGGCCACACCUGUAGUCCCGUUAACCUGUGCCUGAAGAACACCCGGGGAGGUUGUGACGUCAACGCGGAGUGUGUGUACGUGGGUCCAGGUAACGUGUCGUGUGUGUGCGCCGAGGGCUGGACAGGUGACGGCAAAGUGUGUGUGGAGAUCAACAACUGUCAGCUGGUGGGCCGAGGAGGCUGCAGCCCCGACGCCGACUGCAACCACAUCGGACCUGGACAGGUCAGCUAACAGUUCUGAAUCUGUGUGUGGAUCUGAAGACAGACUACAGGAUUCUGGCUCCUGAAAGGCCUUUGAGACCUGGACACAUC